UCCAUUUGCUCCAUCGUAUCGCAACACUCAAUAAUUCCGAUCCACUCAAUUUUUAAUUUCUUCCAAAAUCUCCAGAUAUUCAGACAUGGAUUCGCGUGGGCACAAUGAAGGUAGUCAUGCCAAGCCGGGCCAAUCGAGCCACCACAACCACCCGGCGCCGACGAAAGCCGAGCUGAUGUCCAGCGCCAAGCUGCUGGGGGAAGCGGCCAAGUCAACGCUUCAUCACGAUCCCAACAAGCCGAACAAGGCAGACAAGGCGGAGUUAGCCGGGGCCGCCGCCGAUCUUCUCAACGCGGCCUCGCAUUACGGGAAGCUAGAGGAGAAGGGGAUGGGUAAGUAUGUCGGGAAAGCGGAGGAUUAUCUCCACAAGUACCACACUUCCCAUUCCCAAACUGCCACCGCCACCGCCGGAUCCACCCACCACUCCACCGCCGCCGCCCAACACGCUCAUUCUUCUGGGCAUUCCGGGGGUAAUCAUCACUCCGGUGGGUACGGGGAGUAUAUAAAGAUGGCAGAAGGGAUUUUCAAUAAACAUGAAUCUUCUACCACCACCACAAGCCAAUCUCAUUCUGGAAAUAAAUAUGGAGAAUAUGCUAAGAUGGCCGGAGAUUUCUUGAAGAAACAUUGAUUUAUCCUUGUUUUUAAUUCAUUUAUUUUUCUCUGCCAUGUGUAUGUUUAAUUUUAAUUGCUCCGCUUUAAUUUGUAUGUUUGUACUCUCGAACAAAUAAUUUUAAUCACUUUCGAUUUUGAUUAUA